GCAAAAACCCUAGACACCUCCCGCCUCGCCUCGCCGCCGCCGCCGCCGCCGCCUCCUCUCGGCGAAACCGGGGAUAGCCUGUGAGAGAUUCUCCCAGGGAGCAGGCGUCAGGGCGGCAGCCAGCGGCGAUGGGGGCGGACCUGCUGCGGUACGACGGCAUGGAGGACGAGGAGGAGGUGUGGCACAGAAGCGACCUCGCGGCCUUCCGCCAUGUCGAGAAAGUGCUCCAGGCCACGCGGAUGGAUCCGAAUCUAGUUGACCAAAGUGUUAUGACGCAAUAUUAUAAGUUGGUACACAUUAUAGACCAGAACAAGAGAAAAACUGCUGAUGACGAGGCUUUGCGUUUGACGACUCUGAAGGCAUUAUCGGAAGCAGUAUCAAAAUUUGACAUCAUGUACCAUCAUUCGCUUUUGAACACUAUAUUUUCCAUCUCCAUCUGGUUCCUACAAAGACAUACAAUGGAUGUUUUCUUGGAUCUGAUAACCAGAUUGGCUGCAGUGGCUGACCAGUAUCUCAGAGAAUGUUUGCAGAUGCUUGUGAACAACUUUACUCCCCCCUUUCUUGUGAAAAAUGAGCUGCCUCCAUGGGCGGGUCCAAGGAAGAAGGAUAUUCAUUUUCGUUUGUGCGAGAGUUUAAAAACAAUCUCUGACACUGUACCCUUAGCACCCAUGAUGUUGAGGGAUAUAAUCGAUAGAAGUAUGCCAAAGUUAUUUGAAAAUAAAGCUAAGAUGAUCUCAUUUGUUGAGUGCAUGUUGGGGCUAGAUACUGAAAGAAUGGGGGACCUUAUUGGGGCUGUUUUAUUGGCGAAAGUUGUGGAGCUACUUACAGAAUUGGAUGUUAGUAUAACUUGGGAAGAUAUUCUUCAAGAGGAACAUAACAUUGGUAUAUUUGACAUGGAGUUUGAAGAUUUGGAUGGUGAUGAGGAUGAGGAUGUCCUUGGACAAGCAGGAACAAAGGUCCUUUUUGGAGGAAAUCAAUGUGCCGACAAGCUUGAUGGUUUAAUGGUUGUUGUAUGCGAGCACCUUAAGUCAUGUGCAGAGCGUGGGUACCUACCUAAGGAAUAUGACAUUCUGCAGACUAUAUUUCGAGCAUCUGUGCUGAGGGUGCACCGGUCAAAAUUUGCCCAGUUUAUCAUGUUCUAUGCAUGCUCACUAGAUCCUGAAAUAUGUGGCCCUCAGUUUGCUGUUUUUCUUACUGAUAUUGUUAUAAAGAGGGAAGAGGAUGCAAUUUCAAGAAUGUCUGCAGUUUCGUAUGUUGGAAGCUACUUGUCGCGGGCAAGGUUUAUUUCUGCUAAUACAGUUGUCGCUAUACUUGAAAGAUUAGUGCGUUGGUGUGUUAACUAUUGUGACCAUCAGAAGACCAGUGGGACCGCAGCUAUUCCAAAUCAUCAAAUAUUUUUCGCGACCUGUCAGGCUGUGAUGUAUGUCCUUUGCUUUCGCUUGAGAUCUAUUCUGGAUUGCAAAAAUCUUAAACCACGGCUUUUUGACAUGCCUUUUGGAUUUCUUUUGACCCAUCCACUGGAACCUCUAAAGGUGUGCUUGCCUUCGAUAGUAAACGAGUUCCUAAGACAGGCCAAAGAUGCUGACUUGUUCAAUGCGUUUAAGGAUUCAGCACUGAAUGAUGCAAUUGAAUCUGAUUUGUCGAGGACUUUUGGAGGAAUUGGUAGACUUGACAUGUUCUUCCCAUUCGAUCCUUAUUUGCUAAAAGAAUCUGACAGAUAUAUGCGCCCAAAUUUUGAGUUCUGGUCCAUGGUCAAGACAACAUACAUUGAUGAUAAGGAAGAUUACGACGAUGAGCUCGAGGAUCUUGAUGGCCCUGGAAUGGAUGAUGGCAGCUCGGAUGAUGAUAAUCCUGAGGUCAACAAUGACCCCGAUGACUUGGAUAUCCCGAUGGAUAAGAUGUCUAUAACUCCAUGUGAUUCUUACUUUCGUCAAUUUGCCAAGGAAAGCCAUGCUGGCCCUAGCAUGCCUGCAAAGAUCAGACCUUCAGUGAGCCCUCCAUCAUGAUGGGCCCUCAGCAGGAUCAUCUUAACGAACUUGUGCUUCACUUUACUGAGCCAACUUGUACGAGGGUAUGACUGUCAAGCUGAUAUAUGGGGAGCUUCCGUCCAACUUAUACAAGGGUCUAUUAAGCUCUAAUAUAUGGGGAACUUCCAUCGUAGUUUGUGUUAGGGUGGAGCAACCCCAUUCAUUUGCAAUGUACUUAAAAGCCCAAAUAGGUCAAGGUUUUGUGUUGGGAGUGGAGUACUGAUGCUUAGAGAACACGUAGUUCUGGUUGUUGUGAGAUUAUAUACUAGGUUUGUAUGUACAUCUUCGAGAUGUUUGAGGAAGACAUCAUGUUCUGAUGUAGAAUGGUUUAUCGACAGGUUUAUACGUCUGUUUUAUUUGCUUGUUGUAUA